UCAGACAGAGAACUUCUGGCACGGAGCGCCACAUAUAUUUCAAAAGUCAUCACGCUGUCGCGUGCUGAUGACGGCAGUUUCGUCACAUGUUCAAAGUCUGGUGUGUGCGGAGUGUCAGCUCCGCUGAGGAGGGAAAUGUCUGACUGAUCGCUGAAAACGGUUUGUUUGUUGUUUUUUGUUGUUCGCUCACCGCGGAGCUCCAGCCGACAUGUGUGAGGUGAAUAAAGAGGCGCUCACUUUGGAGUCCGCUCAGCUCUCUGUGGAGAAGUGGACACUACGAUCCCAAAGUGUCAGUGUAGAAAUAGUCUCUUUAGGUGCUGUCAUAACCUCCAUCAAAACACUAGACCGGAAUGGACACACUGCGGAUGUAGUGUUAGGCUUCGACGAUCUGGAAAGUUAUCUCACCAAUCCUCGCUACUUUGGAGCUGUGGUGGGACGUGUUGCUAACCGUAUUGCUAAGGGCCAGUUUGUUAUUGAGGGAAAGGUGUACAAACUGGCCAUCAAUAAUGGACCCAAUGCCCUGCAUGGUGGCCUCAAAGGCUUUGACAAGUAUGUGUGGACCUGUGAGGCUGUGGAUAAUGGAGUCAGACUGAGCCACACCAGUCCUGAUGGGGAUGAAGGUUACCCUGGCAACCUAAAGGUUUCUGUUACAUAUACACUGGAGGAAAACACCCUGACCGUGCAGUACUUCGCCCAGACUGACCAAACCACACCAGUCAACCUGACCAAUCACUCAUACUUCAAUCUGGCUGGACAGGGCACACCAGACAUUUAUGACCAUGAGGUGACCGUCUCAGCUGAGGCCUACCUACCUGUGGAUGACACCAUGAUCCCCACUGGAGAGAUUAGACCUGUAGAGAAUUCUCUCUUUGACCUCCGUAAGCCUGUCCUUCUUGGGCCUCGACUGAAGGAACUUCCUGGUCCUGGAUUUGAUCAUAACUUCUGCUUCUGGGUUCCAGGACAACCAAAAUUGGAGAGGAAGUGUGCAAGAGUGGUGCAUCCUGGGACGGGGCGUGUCCUGGAGGUGAGUACCACCCAGCCUGGUGUUCAGUUCUACACUUCCAACUUUCUGGAUGGAUCACUGGGAGGGAAAGGAGGCACAUCAUACCCUAAACACAGCGCUUUUUGUCUAGAGACCCAGAACUGGCCAGAUGCUGUCAAUCAGCCCCAGUUUCCUGAAGCUCUGCUGAGACCAGGAGAAGAGUACAUGCACACUACACGCUUCACUUUCUCAGUAGCCUGAGGCAUUAAAACUGUUAUUUUUUUCACUACAGAUUAGUAUGUCAAGCUUGACAAGUAAAGGCCACAGCUUCCUUUCACCUCUGGUAAAAUGUGUGCCAUUAAUGUGUGCUGAUUUUUUUCUUUUAUCUAUAGAACAUUCCAGUCAGAUGUUUAAUUAGCAAAA